AUGAUCGAUUGGCCGACCAUCGGAGGGGCCCUUUCGGAUGUGUACCACGACGCUUUUCGUCGUCUCUGGGAGUUAAUGCGCGAUGAUUUAAUGGAUGCGCUUGAUACAAAUUCAUCAACGCAGAUAUGGCUUUUCGGUCAUUCAUUCGGUGGCGGUUUAGCAUCGAUAGCAUCGGUGACGGUUGCCGCCCAAGGCUUAGCCGAUCCGGAUCGCAUCACGCUGUACACAUUUGGACAACCACGUAUUACGGAUGCUAGUUGCGCCAAACGGCACGAUGAACUGGUAACAUUAAUAAAAGGCAAAUUAGCUCAAAACUGGAAGCAUUUCAAAGAAUUCAUCUUUAAUAUGCGCGAGGCAACAUUUCAGGUGUGGUACCCAUAUGGUAUGGGUCACGGCUCGCGCUACAUGCUAGCAUCGAUGGCAGAAGACGGCCGUGCCAGCAGUUCACUGAUCAAUCUAUCGUUGUUAGACAACAUCAUGAUGUUCGAUCGCAAUGUGCUCGAAUGGUGGAAGGAGGGAUGCAAAUAG